AUAGUUUGCUGUACGGUGGUAUACUGUCUGAUAUACCUUUGCUGUCAGCCAAUAAACAUUCAUUUUCACAGGAUUCAUGCAUUUAACCAGAGAGGAAGAGGAAGAGUGGCCAAUUUCGGCAGAAAAUCUGUCCUCUUCCAGCAGGUGGCGUUUUUCGUUGUUUCGCCCACCAAGCGAAGAGUUUUUGUAUGAGGUCAAUGAGUUUUGAAUUUGGUCAACAACAAAAAUGUAUGAUUUAUUUGCUAGGUGAGGUUUAUUCGAUCGUAAUGCGUGAGUUAUGAGUACACUGCUAUAAGUAGGACACGUGACAUCCCAGCAACUUUGAGAAAAAAAACAUUUAUAUCGGAGUUGUCUCUCGAGAUGGCUAUGCAUAUUCGUAGCGUUUCUCUCCAUUGAAUACACGCUGUUAACGUCAACAACACUCAUCGAAUAUUCAAAAUAGGAUUUAAACAAUGCGAUGUAUCCACCAAUCCAAAGAAAUUAUAAAAGGGUAGACUGCCCGCCGUGCUGCUUUGUGGACAACGACUCCCGCGGAGAGAUAUGUAGAAUCUUGUCAGAAUAUCUAUUAUCUUUGAUUCAACAAAAUCACGUGAUGUGGGCGCCACCAGGAAGAAGGACCGGCGCAGGCGUGAAGAAGGGAAUGAUGGUGGAUAGGUUGGCAACGCAUCACGCUUGAUGAUAGCUAUCGAUUUCCAACAGUUCACUAGAGCUAAUAGGUCGAACAUCACUCAAAGGUACUUGCUGUUACUAGCACUGUAGCUAGUUCCCGUAGAACGACACCCUGGAACAUAAAAAAAUGCCGAACAUUAAGAUAUUUAGCGGUAGCUCCCAUCGGGAACUGUCUCACAAAAUCGCCGAUCGUCUUGGGAUGGAACUCGGGAAGGUUGUGACCAAGAAAUUCAGCAAUCAAGAAACAUGUGUUGAGAUCGGAGAGAGUGUGCGUGGAGAGGAUGUCUACAUCGUACAGAGCGGAUGUGGGGAGAUCAAUGAUAAUCUGAUGGAGCUGCUGAUUAUGAUCAAUGCGUGUAAGAUCGCCUCGGCCUCCCGGGUCACAGCCGUCAUCCCCUGCUUCCCCUACGCACGGCAGGACAAGAAGGACAAGGUGGGGAGUCGGGCGCCCAUCUCAGCCAAGCUGGUGGCUAACAUGCUGUCUGUGUCUGGGGCUGACCACAUCAUCACUAUGGACCUCCACGCCUCACAGAUCCAGGGUUUCUUCGACAUCCCGGUGGAUAACCUGUAUGCUGAGCCUGCUGUACUGAAGUGGAUCAAGGAGAACAUCGCAGAGUGGAAGACCUGCACCAUCGUCUCUCCAGACGCAGGGGGAGCCAAGAGAGUGACGUCCAUAGCGGACAGACUCAACGUGGACUUUGCUCUGAUUCACAAAGAGAGAAAGAGGGCCAACGAGGUGGAUCGCAUGGUGCUGGUCGGGGACGUCACGGACCGGGUAGCCAUCUUGGUGGAUGACAUGGCAGACACCUGUGGUACUAUCUGUCACGCGGCCGACAAGCUGAUCUCAGCUGGUGCUACCAAGGUGUAUGCCAUCCUGACCCACGGUAUCUUCUCUGGCCCGGCCAUCUCCCGCAUCAACAACGCCUGCUUCGAGGCCGUGGUCGUCACCAACACUAUCCCUCAGGAGGAGAAGAUGAAGACCUGUCCUAAGAUACAGGUGAUUGACAUCUCUAUGAUCCUGGCUGAGGCCAUCCGCAGGACCCACAACGGGGAAUCUGUCUCCUACCUCUUCAGCCACGUCCCCUUUACUUCUGCUAUGCUACAAAAAGAGGGUGAGAUGGAUGGUUGGAUGUUGACUGACUACAGGUCAGUGGAGGCUGCUGAUGGGAGAACAGCUCAUAAUAAUGGCCAGAACAGCAUCAAACACCUGGAGAACUCGUUGGAUCUAUUUGAUACCAUUCCACCCAUUCCACUCCAGUCAUUACCACGAGCCCAUCCUCCCCAAUUAAGGUGCCACCAACCUCCUGUGCUUCAGGUAUUUUAUUAUUUUGGUCAUUUAAUUUUAUCAGUUUGAAAGACAAGGUCAUAGUACGUUAAGUGAAUCAGAAUGAGCUAUAGUUUACAAUGCCACUGAUGUUCCUCUGGGUGAUUCAACAUAGUCUGUAGAGACUUAAGUCUUUUAAAAAAGGGGCAAUCCAGGAUUGAUAAUUCUAUUUUUGGACUUCUAAAUUAAUUAUAUAUAGCUACUGAAGAAUAUAACGUAUAAAUGCCUCUUACGUGACCUGCAUCCCUAGCUCUGUCUAGGAAUUUGAGUAGGUACACUCCUUCAACCCCAUCCCUCAGCUGCUAAGCUAAACAAGUAGCAGGGUGACUGCCUCUCUUAAGACUAUUGGGAAUCAUUCUUUCAGUGUGGGUGCAGAGGAGGCAGGUUUUGCUCUUCGAGGUUGUCAUUUUGAAGUUGUCUAGAAGCUGUUGGUUUUUAGCUGGAGGUCAUAGCUCUGCAGGAUGGAGCUUCCAAGAAAACAUAAGUCUUUAUCUGCUAUUUUACAUAUUUACUUAACUUUUUUUUCAAUAACAUUUGUAUAAUAAACUCUCAAAAGUGGUAUCUGUCUGACUUUUAAAGUUUUGUGUAUGUGCUUAUAUUCUGUUGAAUCAGUGCACCAAAUAUGUGAUGGCUGAAUGUGAUCUUAUUAAAGAGAUGGUGAAAAUGAAUGAA